AUGGAGAAACAGCCCAAAAAAGGGCUAUUUGCUGGAAUAAAGCUGAAGAAGAAGAAAAAAGGAGACAAGGGGUUAACGAUUGCAAACAAAGGAGCCGUGGGUGAUCAGGAUGACACUGACAGCCUGAAUCAAGAGAUUCCUAUUGGUCAAGAAGGGGAAGACGGAGAAAUUACAUAUGAUGAUGCGGCCUCUACCAGUAGCUUUGGUGCCUCAGGGUCUUGGAAGAAGAGAGCAAAAGUGGUGUCGAAGAUCCAUGAAGGGGAGCCAAAAUCCCAGAGUUAUCAGAUUGCCAUAACCAUCAUUGAAGCUCGGCAGCUCGUGGGCGAAAACAUCGAUCCAGUGGUGAUUAUAGAGAUAGGGGAUGAAAAGAAGCAGACGACAGUCAAGGAGGGAACCAAUUCACCCUUCUACAAUGAAUAUUUUGUGUUUGACUUCCUUGGGCCUCAAGUACAUCUGUUUGACAAAAUCAUCAAAAUUUCUGUUAUGCAUAACAAGUUGAUAGGGAGUGUGUUGAUUGGCUCCUUUAAAGUAGAUUUGGGGACAGUUUACCUCCAACCAGGUCAUCAGUUUUGUGACAAGUGGGCCCUUCUCACAGACCCUGCUGAUAUUCGGACAGGAGCUAAGGGAUAUCUGAAGUGUGAUAUCAGCGUUGCAGGAAAAGGAGACACAAUACAAGCUGCCCAGAAAGCAAGCGAUGCGGAAGAGCAGAUUGAGAAGAACCUCUUGAUUCCCAAAGGAUUUCCAUCAGAAAGGCCUUGGGCCCGGUUUUAUGUGCGAAUCUACAAAGCUGAAGGGCUCCCCAAGAUGAACUCUAGCAUCAUGGCUAACGUCACCAAAGCGUUCAUGGGAGACAGCAAAGACCUCGUGGAUCCAUUUGUGGUGGUCACGUUUGCAGGCCAAAUGGGACGGACAACAGUGCAGAAGAACUGUGCUGACCCUGUGUGGCAUGAGCAGGUUAUCUUUAAGGAGAUGUUCCCACCACUGUGCCGAAGGGUCAAAAUCCAGGUGUGGGAUGAAGGGAGCAUGAACGAUGUGGCCUUAGCCACUCACUUCAUAGACCUGAAGAAAAUCUCAAAUGAACAGGAUGGUGAUAAAGGGUUCUUGCCUACCUUUGGGCCUGCUUGGAUCAAUCUCUAUGGCUCUCCCAGAAACCACAGCCUGAUGGACGAUCACCAGGAGCUCAAUGAAGGUUACGGGGAAGGUGUCUCUUUUAGGGGACGGCUCCUAAUUGAGCUCGCUGUAGAGAUCCUCUCCGGUGGAGCCCACGAGUCGAAGUUAUCAAAGAUCAUCAAGGAGUUAAAGCCAUCUUCCAAGGAGAAGGAUGCAAAAGGCUCUAAAGGGUCAGGGAAAGAUAAAGACAAAGGAGCAGAAGAUGGAAAAUCAUCCGCUGCAGAUAAAACAAACUCAACUGAUGUGGAAGUGGAGCCAUUUGAUGUGCCACCUGAGAUCCAUGAGGAAACAUUUGAAGACUUUCUUCUAUUUGGGGCAUUUUUCGAAGCAACAAUGAUUGACAGAAAGGUUGGAGAUAAACCGAUAAGCUUUGAAGUUUCUGUUGGGAAUUUUGGCAACGUGAUUGAUGGCGUGUCACCAGGAGCUGGAAGCAAGAAGAAGGCCCACGAAGGAGAAGAGGAAGAAAGUGCCCCAUUACUACAUGAAGGUUCGGGAGAAACUGCACAUGACAUUGCAAUGCCACUGGUAUCUACCACGCACCCUGAGAAACCACUGGUCACUGAAGGAAACAGAAACUACAACUAUUUGCCCUAUGAUGAGAAGAAGCCCUGUGUCUAUAUCAAGAGUUUUUGGGGUGGCCAGACCUUCCGGUUAUAUUUUUCGAAUACCCUUGAGAAAAUGGCGGAUCUGCUGGAAGAAGGUUUAGAACAAGUGAAAGAUCUGAUCAAGGUUUCUGAGCUUGCGUCUGAGGAGAAAAUGAGGUCCACUCUGAAUGAUUUUAUCAGCCAAAGCCGGACCUUCAUUGCUAAUGCCGAAAAGAAGGCCGAACUGAUGAAUCGGACAGCUUUGGACAAAAAGAGGCUUACGUUAUGUAAGCAAGAACUGGAAGCGAUGGCCAAGGAUGCCAAGGGGAUCAUGCAGCAGCAAAAGAAGAAGAUUCUCCUUGAUGAAAUGAUGCGCGAGACAGAGGGUUUCAUUGAAAAGAUUCGCUUUUUAGUUGACGAGAUAGCAAAUGAUGUGGGCCAGGGGACAGGACAAGACAUAUUCUCUGUUUCCAUGACUGCAUGGUAUGGAAAGGGGAAGUUGCCAGGAAAACGGCCCCCUGGCUGGAAUGUCCAUGGAAAAGUUGACGUUUAUCUGUGGCUCGGUUCCACGAAAUAUGCCCACGCUAUUUUGGACAACUUACCUUACGGAUACGAAACAGAAACACCUUCCGCAGCGAGUGCAGGACACCACGCCGCCCCUCCGCCUGUCAGUUUGGCCUACAAAAACAAGCUGUUUUUCCAGCUGAGAGCUCACAUGUAUCAGGCCAGGGGGCUUAUAGCAGCUGAUAACAGUGGACUUUCAGAUCCCUUUGCCAAAGUCACUUUUGUUUCGCACUGCCAGACCACAAAGAUCAUUCAACAGACUCUGUCUCCGACCUGGAACCAAAUGCUACUGUUUAAUAAUAUUAUGCUUCACGGAGAUGGGAAAGAAAUUGCCGAAUUUCCCCCAGUGGUCGUUGUAGAGCUAUACGAUGACGAUGCAGUGGGCAAAUCAGAAUAUAUCGGCUCCACCGUGGCCUCCCCUGUUGUGACACUGGCUGGGGAGAAAUAUGAACCACCGAAACUUUGUUAUCACCCAGUGUACUGCGGGAAUCUAUCUGGAGGAGAUCUCCUGGCUGCGUUCGAGCUGCUGCAGAUUCCUGACUCAGAUCCCGAAAAUCUGCCCCCUGUGGAUCCUCCAGAUGCCAGCCUGAUCUACCCAGUCCCAUCCAACAUCAGACCUGUUCUAAGCAAAUACCGAGUCGAGGUUCUGUUCUGGGGUCUUCGUGAGCUGAAGAAAGUGCAGCUGCUUUCUGUGGACCGUCCGCAAGUUCUCAUUGAGUGCGCAGCCAAAGGAGUGAAAUCGUGCGUCAUUCAGAGCUACAAAAACAAUCCAAAUUUUAACAUCCUGGCAGACUGGUUUGAAGUGGAACUGCCUGAAAACGAAUUGCUGCACCCACCGCUCAGCAUCUGCGUCGUGGACUGGAGGGCCUUCGGACGCAGCACCCUGGUUGGAACACACACCAUCAAUUGCCUGAAACAGUUUCUAUAUAAGCCUAAGGAACUCCCUGCUCCACCUGCCAAGGACGUUAACCUUGCAGACGCUGGCUCAGCUCAAGCCCUUCAACCAGUUCAGGCUGCAGAGCUUCCGGUUGAUCAUAUCUACGUUGACGUGGAACAUAGUGCCCCGGUGCUAGCUGUACCUGAGCCCGAGCCAGUAGCACCACCUGCUCCAUCAGCGCCAUCUCUGCCAGCACCUUCUCCAAAACCUGUGUUUCCUCCUACCCCUGAACCUGCUAAGGAUGGGAAGCAAAAAGACUUGAGAAAAUCAUCUCGGCGUUCCACCAAAAGAAAAAAGAGAACCAUUGCAGAUGAAUCCGCUGAAAAUGUUAUUGACUGGUGGUCAAAGUAUUAUGCUUCUGUGCAAAAAGUCCAAAAGGCAAAAGUACUCGAUUUCGGUGAUGGAAAGCCAGGAAAUACAGCACAGACUGGUGGCCAUGUAACGUUAAGCAUUGAAGAUGAACCAGACAGAAAGAAGAAAGAUAAACUGGUCAAGAAGAAAGUGAAAGAAGCUUCCCCCAAACUAGCAACGCUGGAGAUUUAUGAUGGAGAUCUGGAGAGUGAAUUUAACAACUUUGAAGACUGGGUGAAAACCUUCGAACUCUUCCGAGGCAAGUCUAAUGAUGAAGAUCACGGGGACUAUGAUGAAAGGAUAAUAGGGAAGUUUAAGGGCUGUUUCUGCCUAUACAAAAAUCCAGACGACUGCUGCUCUGGAGAAGGCCAGCCAAAGAUUCUUCAGGGAAUACCCCCAAAUCACUCUGUGAAAGUCCUCAUCAGAGUAUACGUUGUGGCAGCAUUUAAUCUUAGUCCAGCUGAUCCAGAUGGUAAAUCGGACCCUUAUAUUGUACUUAAACUGGGAAACACAGAAAUUAAAGACCGAGAGAAGUACAUUCCUAAGCAGCUAAACCCAGUUUUCGGAAGGUCCUUUGAACUUCAGGCAACUUUCCCCAAGGAAUCCCUGCUUUCAGUCUUGAUCUACGACUAUGACAUGAUUGGUUCAGAUGACCUAAUUGGAGAAACGAAAAUUGAUUUGGAAAACCGUUUCUACAGCAGGCACCGAGCCAACUGCGGGUUGCAAAGCCAAUAUGAAAUUGAAGGAUACAAUGCUUGGCGAGAUGCCACCAAGCCAACUGAGAUCCUAACCAAGCUGUGCAAGGACAACAGACUGAACGGGCCCUACAUGCAACCUGGGAAGAUUCAAAUAGGGGACAAAGUCUUUACAGGGCAGACAGUCUUCCAGGAAGAUGAGAACGAAGAACCUGUUGAAUCAUAUGAACACCUCGCACUAAAGGUUUUACGCUCCUGGAAUGAAAUCCCCGGGGUUGGUUGUAAGCUGGUGCCUGAACAUAUUGAGACUCGGCCUAUCUAUCACAAGGAUAAGCCUGGCAUGGAGCAGGGUCGUGUGCAGAUGUGGGUGGACAUGUUUCCUAAGGAUAUGCCUCUCCCAGGACCUCCGGUUGACAUCUCACCUAGAAAACCUAAAGGUUAUGAAUUAAGAGUUAUCAUCUGGAAUACAGAAGAUGUCAUUUUAGAGGACGAGAAUAUCUUUACAGGACAGAAAUCUAGUGACAUCUAUGUGAAAGGGUGGCUGAAAGGCUUGGAAGAUGACCGCCAGGAGACGGAUGUGCAUUACAACUCUUUGACUGGAGAAGGGAACUUCAACUGGCGUUUUGUCUUUCCAUUCCAUUAUCUCCCGGCUGAGAAACACAUGGUUGUCAGUAAGAGAGAGAACAUAUUUUCCUUGGACAAGACAGAGCGCAAAAUACCGGCAGAAUUGGUGCUUCAGGUCUGGGACUUCGAAAGGCUUUCUUCUGAUGAUUUCUUGGGCUCCCUUGAAAUGAACCUGAACGGCUUCCCCCGAGCUGCCAAGUCCGCCAAGCGCUGUGACAUAAGCAUGGUAACUGAAACAAGUGAGGAGAACAAGAUUUCCAUAUUUCAGCAGAAGCGCGUCCGCGGCUGGUGGCCGUUCAUCAAAGCCGGUGAACUCACGGGCAAAGUAGAAGCAGAAUUUCAUCUGGUCACGGCAGAGGAAGCAGAGAAGAACCCAGUAGGCAAGGCUCGGAAGGAACCAGAACCUUUGGAAAAGCCAAACCGGCCUGACACCUCCUUCUCCUGGUUUGUCAAUCCUUUCAAGUGCUUGUAUCAUCUCAUCUGGAGAAAUUACAAGAAGUACAUCAUCAUUGGACUGAUUCUGAUUAUCCUGAUCAUAUUCCUAGUGCUUUUCAUCUACACUCUACCUGGAGCCAUCAGUCGCAGGAUUGUGGUGGGGUCAACUUAG